AUGAGCAUCCGUAGCGUGCUGGCUACAGUCUCGAGACAGCAUCGAUGCGUGUCUACAAUGGCUACCUCAACUCGUUUCUUGUCUACAAAAGCGUCAGUAACUAACACUUUCCAGCCGAAGCGCAAGUGUGUUGCGUAUCGUCUUGGAUGCGUCGAGUAUGAGACUGCAUGGGACUGGCAGAAACAGCUCAUCCGAAACCGUGUUUUGGCCAUGCGUGCUGGUCAUUCAAUGGACAAAGACGUGGUGCUUGUUCUUGAACAUCCGAGUGUGUACACAUUGGGUCGAGGUGGUAGUUUGGACAAUAUCAAGUUCGACCCAGAGAAGGAGCAAAUCAAGUUAAUGCGAGUCGAUCGAGGCGGUGAAGUGACAUACCAUGGACCUGGUCAGGUGGUGGUGUACCCGAUCUUGGAUUUGACUCAGCACAAGAAGGAUCUGCACUGGUACCUUCGUCAAGUUGAGGAGGUAGUGAUUCGUACGUUGGCCAAGUUUGACAUUCAGGGCGAGCGUGUAGACGGACUUACGGGCGUUUGGGUGGAAGAGCAGUCGAGCUCUGGCAACAAUGGACAAUGUAGCGGACAUUAUGAGCGAGAGAUGCGCAAGAUUUGUGCUGUCGGUACACAUGCGAGUCGCUGGGUGACCAUGCACGGCUUUGCACUUAACGUAAAGACGGACUUGCGCGAAUUUGACCGUAUAAUUCCUUGUGGUAUUGAGGACCGUGCAGUCACAAGUAUCGAACGCAUUCGUCCGGACACAACGAUCAAGGAUGUACAGGAUGCUGCGAUUGAGGCUAUCAGUCAAGUCUUCCACCUUGAUAUGGAAGAUGUCGAGGCCAAAUCGCCACUGUAA